ACAGCUCUCCAUUUAGCUGUAAACAAUUUUGAUGACAACGAAACUGUCAGGCUUUUACUAGAUAGUGGUGCCGAUGCUGACAUCAAAGAUUCAAACGGCCACACUCCACUGAUUUUAUCUAUGAAUGGAAAGGGGAAAUAUUUUAGUCUGGUAGCUGAAAAGACUACAUGUUUCAAUAUUUCUGAUGAUAGUGGGAUGACACCAUUGAUGUUUGCUGUUGAAAAUAACCUAAUAUCAGAAAUUGGAAUAAUUACAAGAAAAGAUUGCAAUCUAAAUUUUCAAAACAAGAACAAGGACACGGCAGUACAUUUAGCAGUAAAAAAUGACAGACUUGAUUGCCUUAAGACCCUUUCAUCAACUGGUGCUGACUUAAAUAUACAAAAUUACCGAGGAGAAACCCCACUGUUAUUAUCUAUAGGUAAAAGAUGGACCGACGGUAUAAUAUUACUGAUUGAAAGUGGAGUAGAUUUAGAAAUAGCCAACAUCAAAGGAAAUACUCCUCUAAUGAGAGCAAUUGAAAGAGAUCUUUUGGAUGUAGCUGAAUUACUGAUAAAGAAAGGGUGUAAUCUGAACAGUAAUCCUCCAGAUAUCCGUGUAGGUAAAGAUUACCAUUAUUCAAACACCAACAAACAAACACCUAUUCAUCUUGCUGUCAGUCGUAAAGACGUUAAUAUUCUGAUACCUCUAGUGAAGGGUGGUGCCGACUUAAAUAUACAAAAUUCAGAGGGAAAGACGCCACUUCUAGUAUCCAUUCAAAGAGGUAAUACAGAGGCCUUAAUGAUGCUAAUUGAAAACGGGGCUGAUAUCAACCUCUCGGACUCAAACAAGACAACACCUUUAAUGACGGCAAUUCAAUACAACAACAUUGAUGUUGCUAUUUUACUGAUAAAGAAGGGAUGUGAG